GGUAAACCCCCACCCCCAUCUCUCUCAAACUGGUCUUUUUUUGUCCUCUGCCUUUAUCUCUAAAACUGUGCUGAGUUCAUUUCCUCAUUGUUCACGAUGAAAUGCACCCACACUGUGAAACCACACUCAUUGCAGAUGAAGUGAUGGCAGGAGUCGAGCUGAGAGACUACGUUAAUGAGCGACCGAGACCCAAAGAGGAGAUAAACACAGAUUCAAGUCCUCCAGUGCAAAGGAUCUGGCAUCUGCUCCUCUUAAGUUUUGGUUUACUAUGCAUCAUACAAGCCACCCUCAAUCUUUCUCUACGCAUUACUUGGGUUUCUAGCAAGGAAUCAGCCACAACGGAUUGCAACACAACACAUGAGAAGGAAGUCCCUACGGACUGCAAUGAAGAGCGGCCCAAUCAUUGCAACAACUUACAGGAAAGAUUCAACGCCUUGACCAGAGAUAAAGACACUCUCAAAAACAGAAACAAUAUUCUCCUCAACACAAUCAAGUCUCUGGAAGAGGAGAGAGACAGGUUGAAAACGAAGGUGAAGGAGUUGAGCGGCUGUGCAAUCCCUCAGCCGUGUCCGGCUGGUUGGAAGGAGAUCAGCUCCAGAUGUUACUUCCUCUCCACAGAGAGUAAGACGUGGCAGGACAGCAGACAACACUGUAACCGUAAUGGGGCUGAUCCGGUGGUCAUCAAUGGCAAACAGGAGCAGCAGAAGGCCUUAUAUCGUCUGGAUAAAGAUCGGUCCCUCGUGUUCUGGAUUGGUCUGCGUUACGUGAAUUCAACGUACAAAUGGGUGGAUGGAUCUGGGCUGACAGAAACAUUUUUGCAGAUGAAUCCUGAUCAUCCUGGCCGAGCCAAUACUCAGGUCUGUGUUGUGAUGGAUUACAGCCUCCCGGAAAGCCAAAGCUGGAGGGUUAGCCCUUGUGAAAGACGGCACCGCUGGCUGUGUGAGAAGGAUCUGUGUGCUGCUUCAUAAGUUCCUCUCAAGAAAAUGGGAUUACUAUAUGUAGUUGUAAUGUACCUGUGAAAUACUCAAUGUACCUUUGUAUUCAGCUGAGCAAAUAUGAUUUAUGCUAUGCAGAGUUUUAGGAUUGAUGUAUAAAUAAACAGUUAUGGUGGACAUAUGUGUCAUUUAUGCUUUGAUGAAGACUUUGUCUAACUUGAUCAUUUAAAGAUAUGAAGGUGCCUUAUUAUGUCUCUGCAAUCGCUUCAUUGAUAAUCUCUAGCCACUUCUUUCUAAUCAGAGUCACAGGAGCGGAGCCGUUCAGUCAUCGAUGUAAUGUUUUAUAGUCAAAAUAAAGCCCAUAAAUCUUAGUGACAUCCUUCAUUUUACAAGUGCUCCAAAAUAUGCAAACGAAUAGACAUAUUAUCAUUGUUAAUUGUAUAAGACGAUUGUUAGUCUGGUUUUAACACAACGUAAGGAGGGGCGGACAGAUCAAUUGAUGAUCGUAGACAUUCUGACCUGCAAUAUUAGGAAACUUUACCACCCCAAAUGUUUUUUACAGAUUGAAAAACUACAUUAACACAAAUUCAAAAUAUCCUGUUAGUCCACAUUGUCAAACUAAAGAUGCUCUGGCAAAAACUGCUUGAAUCUGGACAUCCCCUGUAGAGGGAUCACAUCAGCCAGCCCAGUCUCACAAGAAGACCAUAACGGAGUGAAACUG